ACUCGGACUAAAGUGGCAAGAUGAACGCCCUGUGUCCUCUCCUGCCUGUCCUCAUUCUGGCACUGCUAUACCUGCUCCAGACUGUCCAAGGAGCUUCCUAUUUUGGGGACAGCUACUGUCGAAUAGAUGCCAUUCAAGACCUGUCAAGUUUUCAAGUGUCGCUCCAAUUUAAAACAGGCAGACGUAGCGGCUUACUCCUACUGGCGGCGGGACACAGAGAUUACCUCUCUUUGGAGCUCCACAAUGGCAGAUUACAGGCUAGGAUUGACAUGGGAUCUGGAGAAAAGGUUCUGGCCUCCGCUAUGGGUCUCCAGCUAAGUAACCUUCUGGACCAUCAUGUGUCUCUCAUUCUAAAAGACUCCAAACUCACUAUGGCUGUGGACAACUUGUACACAACCCUCAUCCCAAUUGAGGAUGCAGAUGAGGACCUGAACAUCGACCAAGGUGUGUUUCUUGGAGGUAUGAGAGACCUGGAAGUGGAGUACCUGAGCACAGCUGUGCCCUUCCUGCGAGGCUGCAUGAGCAAUGUUAUAUUUGAAUCUCAUGACUUUGAUAUUCUGGCUUCAGCGAAUACUGUAUGCUAUGACACCAAGGAGACCUGCAGCAGCGAAUUUGAGGCAGGGGAUGGAGAAACCACCAGCUUCAUCAGCCCGGACUCGUUCAUCUCUUUCCCUACUUGGACCAGACCUAGCUCAGGCUCCCGUAGCCUGGAGAUGCUUAUGAAGACGACCAUUGAAGAUGCUCUGUUGCUCUUCCACCCAGGACACCACACAGACUUCAUUGCAAUUGGAAUGGCAGGAGGGUACUUGAAAGGCAUAAUCAACUUGGGAAUUGAGAUCUAUGUGUUGGACAAUGGGGAAGUGAAAGUAGAUGAUGAUCAAUGGCACAGAGUAACAGUUCAGAUUAGCCCCAAUGUGUUUCAGAUAAAUGUGGACAAUGAACUGGUUUCAUUCCCUCUUAAUGGGUCAGAAAAGCUGGAUCUGGUGGGGAACCUGUACCUGGGAGGCAUUCAAAGGAAGAUGAAGGAUGUGUUUCAAGAUGCCUAUUUGACUCGUGUGGAGGAGGACCUCACAACUGAGUCCUUUAUCGGAUGUUUAGGAGAAAUCAAGGUGAAUCAGAAAGGCAGAAGCUUGCAGGAUGCUCUGAUAACUAAAGACAUUCAUAUGAAAUGUGAAGGGGAAUACGAUUACUCCACUUAUGAUGAGGAGUUGGAGUCAACAACUUCACCUCCAGUAAGAGUAACAUACAUCAAUGACAAUACUUAUGUAAGACAUUGUUUCCCUACAGAUGACUUACCAGAAAUGUUCCACAAUAUUUCCAAGCUCCUGGACAUCACUCCUCUGCUAGUUCCUGAGGGGGGAGAGGCCUUUGUCGACAUUGUAAACCUUAACCCAACGUUUAACCUAAACAGUGCAGGCGUUCGCCAAUCUCAGAUCAUCUUUACUCUGCUACAAAAUCCUUGGUAUGGACAGAUUGAAAUGAACUCAAGACACUCAAAGAAGUUUACCCUUCUGGAUGUUGUUAACAAGAAAAUCAAGUAUCUCCACGAUGGCAAUGAAAAGUAUGGAGAUCAAAUCCAGCUGGAGGUCAUUGCGCAUGGAACGAAUCUCCCUGAGUGCUUGAGUGUUGCACGCCAAUACCUGCUACCGGUGGAGAUCCUCCCUGUCAAUGACAUCCCUCAGCUCAGUGCAGGUGACAUCUCAAUCACAGCUAAUGGGCGCACACGUUUAAGCCCAAACCUCAUCAAAAUCUCAGACUCAGAUAAUCGUUGUGAUGGCCUCAAAGUCACAGUCACUUCAGACUCUACUUCUGCUGGAUAUCUGGAGAAUGCUCAACAGCCAGGGUUUGGUCUAAGAGAGUUCACCUGUAGACAACUGAAAGAAGGAAAUAUCUACUUUGUUCACAUGGGAGGAGAAGUGACUGGACUUACCCUGCAGGUUUCAGAUGGAGAUUUGGUUAGCCAGUCAAGCACAUUUAAGUUGCUCAUCACCCAGCCACAGAUUACUCUGGUCACAAAUACUGGCCUUGCGAUCAAUCAGGAUAGCAGUGCCUCUAUUGGAAUAGAAAAUCUGGCCUUUUCAGCAACUCCAAAAACUGGAGAUGUUGUUUAUAAUAUCACUCAGCCACUUGAAUUUGGACAACUGCAGCUGAUCUCAGACAAUGGGUUACCAAAAAGAGUCACACUAUUUCAUCAGUCUGAUCUGGAGCAGAACCGACUGAAAUACAUUCCCAACCUCACAGCCGAUCACAACAACAUAGAGACCGAGUUUAUUCACUUCAGUGCACAGCUUGGACAGGUCAUCCUCCCAGAAAACACAUUUGUCAUCCAGAUCAUGCCUGCCAUGGUAGGAAUAGCUAAAAUGGUUCCUCUGGAAGUUGAAAAUGGGCAGCAAAAGGUCAUUAAACCUGAGCAAUUACAAGCCUUUGUGAGGAUGGGCCAAACUGAUUCAAGAGCAGUCCAGUAUGUGCUUCUGAAAUGCCCAGCACAGGGAGUCUUGAUGAUGCUUGAUAAAGAGUUGUCUGAGGGCAAUACCUUUACCCAACAAGAUAUUUUAGAUGGUUUCAUCAGUUACAGCCCUCGUGUCCGCAGAGAAGCUGACUUUGAAGAUCAGUUCCAGUUCAAAGUAAUUGCAAAGGAUCAGUACUCCAGCGAAUACACCUUUCCCAUCAAAAUCAAGGCUGAUUCUAAUGCUCCUGUCCUAACCAACGAGAGACUUGUUGUGCUGCAAGGAAAUGAAAACAUCAUAAGUAAAGAAAACCUCUGGGUUCGAACCUCCACUUCAACAGACUUUGUUUUCAGAAUAACACAAGAUCCCAAACAUGGUCGCCUUUUCAGAGACUCUCCACCGGGUAUGCAAAGAUUCGAGGGUGCAAUUCGGGUCUUUAGCAAUGAGGAUCUUUCUUUGAACAGGCUAAUUUACAAACAUGACGGAACAGAAACAAGCCAUGACCAGUUUACCUUUCUGGUAUUUGAUUCAAGAGGUGGCAAUGGUGGGCAAGAUGAGGGUCAUGAGGCUCUGAGGGGAGUUUUUAACAUUGCAAUACAGUCCAGGAAUGACCAUGUGCCUCAAAGGAUAAUCAACAAACCUUUCAAUGUUGUCAGAAAUGGCCAGCGUUUAUUGACCACUGAUGACAUUCUGUACAGAGACGAUGACUCUGACUUUAAUGACACCCAACUAGUUUAUGCGAGAGCGGGAAUUCUUUCAGGAAACAUUGUCUCCUCACUAGAUGUGACACAACCUCUCUACCGCUUUACCCAGGCUGACCUGAGGGACAGGAAGGUUUUGUUUGUCCACCAUGGGGCAGAUCGUGAGCGAUUCCAACUUCAAGUAUCUGAUGGUUUUCACAAGAACACAGCUGUACUUCAGGUGCAAGCAAGUGACCCUUAUUUGCGUCUUGCCAACAAUACCAUGAUGGUCAUGGACCACGGUAGCACGCAGACACUAAACACCAGUCUAUUAAGUGCAGAGACCAACAUGGACAUCAGAAGUGCAGCUGAGAUCAUCUAUGAAGUGACUUCUGCUCCCAGUGAUGGUAGGAUUAUAGUCAGUGGAAUUGAAUCUUCCACAUUUACACAAGAGGACCUGACUAAGGGUGUGGUUUCCUACGAACACAACGACCAGAGCCUUAGCUCAAAAGAUUCCUUUGCCUUCUCUGUGGAAGCUAAGGAUUUGUUCACAGAGGGCACUUUCAGGAUUAAGAUAUUCAAGAAAGGUCACUCAUCAGAGGCACCGAUUGUCUCGAACAAGGGGAUCAUUGCGUAUGAAGGGGAACAUUCUGUUAUUUACCAAACCCAUCUAAAGGUGGAGCAGGCAGAUAUCCUGCCUAAAGAGAUGGUGUACUCCAUCAAAGACUUCCCCCGGUUGGGUCAUGUGGUCAAACUCAACAAUGACUCGGACAGCACGGCGUCACCCAUGCUUGACUAUAUUCAGUCCUUCACGCAGGAGGAAAUAAACCUGGGCACAAUCCUUUACGUCUCCGCCUCCCUGCUGGGCCGGGACCACUUCACAGUGGACGUCAGUAAUGGCUUCGCCACCAUAGAAGAUCUAGAGGUGCAGGUGGACGUUGUCCCACGCAUCAUACCCAUCCAGGUGGUCAACCUCACCGUGAGGGAGGGUGGAUCCGUGGCGCUGACCCAGGACAUUCUGAAUAUCACACACCCCUUCUACAGGUCCAUUAACAUUGAGUUUUUUAUGGAGGAAACACCUCAGCAUGGAGAUAUCAAGUAUCUGGAUGAAGAAGACGCACUUGACACCUUCGCCUGGGAAGACGUACAACAGGGACAGGUGUACUACUACCACGACAGCAGUGAGACCACAGAAGACAGUUUCACUCUCAUUGCGUCCGCUUUUGUCAUCAACCGCCAGAGUGCGUCCCUGACGGUCGGCAUCACCGUCCUCCCUGUGAACGACGAACCGCCUCGCAUCCAACGCAACACUGGACUGGAGCUCCUAGUCGGUGAGGAGUCUGAAAUCACAGCCAAUAUUCUGAGCAGCGAUGAUCUGGACACCCCUCCAGAGGAGUUAGUGUAUUCCAUCGAGAAGCCAAGCAAUGGGAUUGUUGCCUUUAAAGUGUCUCCAGAUGACAGUGUGGACAGUUUCACCCAGGCUCAGAUUAAUAAUGGAGAGGUUUUAUUCACUCAUUCGGGCUCAGAAUCAGGUGGGUUCAGCUUCACCGUGACUGAUGGAGAACACACUUCACCACUCUACCAGUUCACUGUCAAGGCAAGACAGCUCACCAUCUCAAUGGAAGCAGAGGGAGAACUCAUGGUCUUCCCAGGCACCAGGCAGGUGAUUGGUGGAAAUAUUCUGAGGGCUAUAACAAGUGAAGAUGGUGAUGAAAUCACAUACUCACUGGAGAAACCUCCUCGCUUGGGACGAAUAAUCAAACCUAACCAGCUCGGACAGUUUGAAGAGAUCAACAGAUUCACACAGACUGAGUUGGAUGCAGGUGCUGUGUAUUAUGAGCAUCAGAUGCCGUCUGAGGCCUUCUGGGUCCUGAAAGAUUCUGUCGAGCUGACUCUCACAUCGCCUCCAGCAACAGUGCUGCAUCACAGCCUGCCAGUCACUGUGUCAUACUAUGCAGCCAAUCGAAACGUCUCUUCUCAGCUCUGGAAGAACAAAGGUGUGUCCGUGGUGCAAGGUCAGUCUAAAGUGAUCGACAACUCUGUGUUGGAUGCCUCUAACCUGCUUGCCAGUUUGCCUGAGCAGAAGCGGAAGGGGCAGGACAUCGUCUACGAAGUUCAUCGGUUCCCUGUUCAUGGACGACUCACUGUAGGGGAUUCGGAUCUGCCCCGUGAAGCUCCCCAUUUCUUGCAGGCCGAUGUGGCUCGUGGUGAUCUGGAGUACUAUCAUGAUGACUCUGGAGCAUCUUCUGACAGCUUCUCUUUCCGCGUCCAUCUGAACCCCAGUGGCCUCGCCCCAAGAGUUCAGCCCGGUGCCAUAGUUCUGGAGGAGAUCUUCCUGAUCUCCAUCAGACGGCGAGACUCAAACCCACCAGAACUCGCAAGCUUGGACCUUCUUCUAGAAGCACUACAGGGCUCCAUGACCAUCAUCUCCAAAAACUACCUCAGAACGGUGGACCAGGACAGCACACCGGACGAGGUCCGAUUCACCAUCUCCAAGAGUCCAGCUAACGGGUAUCUCAUCUACACUGACUCCGGAGACCGGAUCAACCAGUUCAGCCAGGAAGACAUCAACAAUGGGCGGGUUGCUUUCGUCAGCGAUGGAAGUCUGUCCGAUGGCUUCAUGGAAUUUACAGUAUCUGACGGGAAACACCAAACGGACCCGCACACACUGCAUAUAGGAAUCCUGGCCAAGUCUCUGAUACUGAACAAAGCUCCGGAAAUCCAAAUAAUACAGGGAGACGAUGAGACACUAAUCACUGAGGACAUGCUGAGCACCUCCACUGGGGGUCCCGUUGAGGAGGAUGUAAUCUACAAGAUUACUAACGUCCCCAAGUAUGCAGCUGUAAUGGUGGACAGACAGCCCACCUCUGCUUUCACACAGAAUCAGAUUAAACAGGGAAGAGUGAGCGUCCGUUUCGUGAAGUCCACCUCACCGAGAGACAGCGUGGCCUUUGUGGCCCGAAGCAGGGCAGCGAACGUGUCCUCAGUCCUCAACAUUACCGUGAAACCACUGGCGAAGGUGGCCCAGAGUCCCCUGCUCCCCAGAGGUGCUACUGUACUGGUAGACAGAAAGCUGUUGGAUGCUACACCUCUUGCCAACAAGACCAGAACAUCUCCAACCUUCAGCAUAAUCCAACAACCUCAAGGAGCUCGGUUCAUCAAGAGGGGCGGGUCAGAUGAUGGCCAACCUGUGAGGUCCUUCACCCAACGAGACCUGGAUGAAGGACGGGUAGCUCUGGAGAUCUCAAACGCAACUGGGGGUCAAAGUCAAGAUGAAGCACGCUUCCUCCUAAAGGCGCAUGGCGUUCCUCCUGCAGAGUGCGUUUUGCCCUUCCAGGUUGUUCCUUAUGACCCUUCAAAAGUUUAUGGCGCCACAUUGCUCAAAGUUCCACAGGUGUCCAUUUCCGACAAGGGUCAAUCCGAGCCCAGGUGGAGAGGAGAUGGUGACGUGGCUUCUGGCAGCACUGCAGCCACUCCUGUGGUGUCUAGGCGAAACACACUGUGGGCUAUCCUUAUCCCCAUCCUUGUCAUCCUCCUUCUCAUACUCCUGGCCGCACUACUGGCAUACUACUUGGUCCGACGCAACAAAACGGGGAAGCACAAUGUCCAAACAGUGCCAGCAAAGCCUAAGAAUGGAGAUGUGAGUCAGGAGACUUUUAGGAAAACCGAUCCUGCAAACAACAUUCCCAUGUCAAGCAUGGACUCCAAAGGGGCGGAUCCUGAGCUAAUCCAGCACUGUCGGACAACAAACCCAGCACUGAAAAAGAAUCAGUACUGGGUUUGAGAUGGGGAGGCGACCGGACACUUGUGUUUUCAAGGCCUUGAAUCAUUCCAGUCAGUGUUAUACAGUUCUCUUGCAAUUAUUGAUGCUUAGGAAGUAUUCAGCACAUAUCUGAGUUUAGGGUUUCUUAGAUGGCACAAGAUAUGUGUGUGUGUGUGAGUGUGUGCUGAUGAUCUAAUAGUCACAUGGUCAUUUUUCAGCUAAGGAUGAAUUAACCAAUUUUUAAGGUACUUUUGGACAAGAACAUAACGUAUGUUUGAACAAGCCAUUCUAUGUAUGUUUAGGGAGUAAGUGAGUUAAAGCUACACUGUGUGAUUUUUACCCCCAUCUAGCGGUGAAAAGGUAUAUGACCAUCCA